GUUUAUUAUUAUUUUUAUAAGUUUUCACUUUUAUUGUAAAACUCGUCCAAUGGAAAUUAAAUCUGUGUUCAAUUUAUUAUAACUUAUGUAGAUGUUCUUCCUCAAUUAUAUUUUAUAUAGCUAUUAUUAACUGUUGUAGAAUAAUGUUUGCAUUAUAUGUUUGCAUGUGCCUGUGCACAUGUAAAAUUAUGUAUUUAUGUAUAUUUGAUUUUGUUUUUUGUUUUUUUUUUGUAGGUGUAAUCCAAAUUUUUGAUGACCCCAAUAAAUUUAUCUGCCAUUGUGGUAAGAAAUACCGCCAUAGGAAGAGUCUUUGGAACCAUAGAAAUUUUGAAUGUGGUGGUAAAGAACCACAAUUCUCCUGUCCAUAUUGUUCUUAUAGUGCUAAACGUAAAGGUCAUCUCAAAAGUCAUGUUUAUUUAAAGCAUUUUAAUGAAAUAGUGUCUUGAACUAUUUCUUAAAAGAUUUUACUCUAGAACAAUACUCAUGUGAUCGAUGUGGCAGGCAGUACAAACACAGAUCUAGUUGGUAUGCUCAUAAAAAACAUGAAUGUGGAAAAGAUCGUUUACAUUGUUGUCCCCAAUGUAAUUAUAAAAGCUCAAGAGAAACUUAUGUAAAAAGACAUAUGAUACUUCGACAUUGUUCAUUUUGAAGGAAUAUUUUUACAAAAUAUAUUAUUUCAUUAUUCAUAUAUUUGUAUUAAUAAAAAAAAAAGAUUAUUGUUUGUUAUUUUUCAUUUCUUAGUAGAAUAUUUUCAUAAAUAUUUUGCUACUGAAGAUUAAGGAAAAACUAAAUAUGUUGCUUUAGUAGUAUUUUAAAUUUUUAUUUUCAUCUGUACACUCAUUUCAUUGCUGACCUGUUAAUUGUCAUAUGUAUGACAAAUAUUUUACCAUUUCAUAAUAAUUCUGGAAAAAGCAAAGCUAUAUUGGGACAGAUUGUAAGAAAUACAUACUAUUUCUUAGGUAGGCCCAAAUAUCUAUUCUUAUGUAGACAUAAGAAAUAUUAUUUGCUUUGUACUCUUAUAAAAUAAUUAGAUACAAAAUUUUCUGUGCCUCUUUUUAUUUUUUUUCUCUCAUUGACUCAUUAUUUAUUUAGACUUUCAUUAUAUAAAUGUAAAAAAAUAUAUUACAUCUGCAAACAUCAGCUUUAGUUAAGCAUUGCUUCUUCAAAGAUUAACUAAAAUAAUACUGUACGAUUUUUUAUUGGUUAAUAAAAAUUCUAUUACCUUACAAGACAUUUUAUAGACAUAAGUAACAUCAAAAAAUUUUUUUUUUCUUAUUUCAAUCACAUUUAAUCUAGGCACCCGGGGAGAGAUGUUCCUGGCCGCUCCCUCCUUUUUCCCCCUAGCUCUAUCCCAAACUGGAUAAUAGACUAUUACUCCAUAUUAACUCCUGAAGAAUUCUACUUCGAAGCAAAAAACGUACUCUUUAAGAAAUUAAAUAACAUUAAAUUGUGCAUCGAAUGAGUACCUAAACGUAAUAUGUUGGUUAAGUGAUAUUUUCGAAAGCCACGGUCAACGAAUGCUGAUUUUGGUUAAAAGUUGGGAUAAAUUACUAUACAUGGCCCUGCUGCUAGGAAAUGUUUCCUGAUAGAAAAAAAAAAUGCAUAGAAUAAAAAUUGUAGAGCAACCAAUUCCCCUGAGUAGAUGACUUAUUCCACCUGAAAUAGCUAAUCUCCCGAUGGCUUGAAAUUGGUAAUGAAGGUAUGUGUGAUUUUCAACAUUUCAACAGUAUGGAUCUCUAUUCUAUGGAGUUAACACAUACCUUCAACAAGCAUUGUAUGUUAUUAAAAAUUUUAAAAAAACUUACUUCAGUUUCAACAUUCUCAC